CCGAAAACUUAGGGUACUAUGCCAUGUUUUCCAUCUAGGUGUAAUCCAAAGUUCCUAGUCAAACUAGAGAUGGCUUAUAGCAAGCUUGAGAAAUUAUGGGAAGAAAGUAAAGUAAAUAUUAUUUUUGUUUAAAGUAAAGUAAGUAAUAUUUAGUUUGAAAAUAACUGAUCAAGUUAGGCUAUCUAACCAAUUUUCUUUUGUGUUGGAUACUAAGUGCAUUAACAUGUUGUUUCUGUGUGCUUUCUUUAUUUGUCAUUACAGCCGCUCAGCAAUCUCAAGUUUAUGGAUUUGAGUUUUUCAGAAAGAUUGGAAGAGCUUCCUGAUCUUUCAACUGCCACUAAUUUAUAUGACGUGGAUCUAACAAACUGCUCAAGUCUGGUGAAACUCCCUUCCUCCAUUGGGAAUUCAACUAAACUUAAUAAAUUGAAUCUCAUGAAUUGUUCAAGUUUGGUGGAGAUUCUUUCAUCUAUUACAACUAUCACUAGUCUCAAAUCUCUUGAUCUCUGUGGAUGCUCAAGUUUGGUGGAAAUUCCCUUCAACAUGGACAUUGAUCUCGGUUAUUGUUCAAGUCUAGUGAAACUCUCUUCUUCUAUUGGAAAUACAUUUCAUCUCCAAAAAUUGGAUCUUAGUGAUUGUUCAAGCUUGGUUGAACUCCCUUUAUCUAUUGGGAACACAACUAAUCUCCAAGAACUGAAUCUCAAUCAUUGCUCAAAUCUGAUGGAGCUUCCUUCCUCUAUGAAGAAACUUUGUAGAUUGUCGUUAUUGGAAUUAAAGAAAUGCUCAAAGUUAGAGGUUGUUCUGGCCAACAUCAACUUGGCAUCUCUAAGAGAACUCGAUCUCUCAGAUUGCUAUUUGUUGAAAAGUUAUCCUGAGAGUUCCCCAAACAUUCAAGAGCUUGAUCCAUGGAUAGGGAGAAUAUCUCGUCUGCGUCGGCUUGAACUAAGUGGAAUAAGGAAGCUGGUAUCACUCCCACCUCUUCCGGAUUCGCUAUUGGUACUAAAUGAAGAUUAUGAACCUUAAGACAAUGAGAUCUGAGACAAACCUUGAAACCCAAGAAAGACUGAAAUAUCAGGAGAAUGACAGUGCAAAAUCACCUGAGCUUGUUCGUGAAGAUGGUGGUAACAAGAGACUACUUUUGUAAUUAUGUCUCAUCAUAUUUGAUCCCCUAAUAAAUGUUUACUUCUACGUAGUGCAAUUUCUUGUAUUUUAAUAUCUUUAUGGUACUUCAAGAGUAUGUAAUAAACUGCAACCAUUUGGAAACUAGAACACAAAGCCUCAAGAUUAAAGAUUAACUAAAACUGUGAUAGUACAAUAGCCAGGACCGCAUUCGUCAGUUUAUUAUGUUACUUUCUUAAACUUUGAUGAUCCAAGUUCUAAAACUGAAACCUGAUUAUAUCUGUGUUAUGCUCUUUAGUUAACUUUUGUUUUUCUUGUGGGACAGAAACUUUUCUUCUUAAUUAUGAUGGCAUUCAUUGUGAGAAACAUAUUAAUAACAUCUUUUUAUGGUUCCAAGUGCUUUGCAAUGUGAAAAUGAAUGCAAAUAGUCAAAAACCGCAAGAUGCAAAAUGGUAUACGUUAUUGUUGGGUCACUUGGGAUCUAUUAUUCACAUGUUCCUGUAUAUAUAUCUGUCUGUACAAAGAGGAAACGUCAACGAUGACCCUGUCUAAAUUCGGGUAUUACAUGACAUUUCUAUGCACAUACAAAUUAAUCCACUUGGCGUGAUCCACUUUAGUGAUUUAUGCUAACGUGUCGCUUAUAGAAAAACUUUUCAAUUAAUUGUUAUUAUUUGAUUGGUUGAUGGUUUUUCAUUUUUCAUUUAUUUAAUUAAAAUUUUUAAAAGGAAACUAUUCAUAGAAUUAGCUAAUCUAAUCUAUGUUUCCAAACAUACAAUUAAGCAUGUUAAAUAUAGAUGAUUUAACAUAAUUUGUUUAUAGAAAUAAAUAAAUAUCAAUAUUAUAUUAUAUAAAUUGAUAAGAUACAUAUAAAUACAUAUGAUACUAUAGAAACAAUUAUAAAAACGGGUUUUAUUAGGUUUAUAUUAGUAGUGAAUAAAAUAAAUCAUAGAUUUUAGAAAACUAAUUAAUCUAAACUUAAUAAUAUUAAUUAAAUUCACUCAUUCACUAUAUAUAUAGUAUAAAAAUAUGUCAAAUGAAUGCAAAACAGUCAAAUAUAUAAUUCUAAAAAAUUCCAAUCAUUUUCCAAUGACAAUGUGAAUACAUAUAUGCGUUAUCACUUUUAGAAAUGAUUAAAUAUUUUUAUAUCUUAAAACAUAAAAAUUAUAUGGUAAGUUAUUUAAAUGUAUAUUAAUCAAGAAAAAGUCUAUUUAAUUAAUCUAUUAAUAUAAACAGAUGAAUUAAUAUUAUUAUAUGGUAAGUCAUUUAAAAUUAUAUUAUUUGGUAAUCCAUUUAAUUUAUUAUACGGUAAGUCAUUUAAUUAUAUUAUUCAAAGUAUUUUUCACAGGAUUUUUUUAGAGUUAAGACACUAUUAGUAUAAUUCAUAUAGCUUGGAUUAUAAUAAAAUUUGCACGCUUAUUUUUAAUUUAAAAAAACAGACAUAAAUAAAAGAACAAGAGGAAAGAAUAAUAAAAUAUGUUUGUUGUGUUCUUGGUAUUUUUAUAUUCUUAUGUAUUUAAUUUUUAUUUGUUUUUCGAGGUACAUGUACUUUUUGUGUUACUAUAAAUGUGAACUAAUUAGUUUUAUGUGUAUUUAAAAUUGUAAGAUAAAUUUAGUAAGGAAGUUCAAUAAAAAUGACCAUCUCUACAAUUGUUAAAGUCAAAGAUGAAAAAAUAUAAUGUAAAUUGAAAGUAAAAAAAAUAUUUAAAAAUUAAGGAGAUGUAUUUUUUACGCUAUAUUGAACUUUUAAAAUGUACGAUAAUAAAAUUUUAACCAAAUUUAUACAGAUAAAAAUAUUUUAUUUCAUAUAAUAUUGGAUCUCACAUUAAUAUUAAGUAUAUAUGCCUAAAUUAACGACAUUUGGUUAUUUAAAAUUUUAAAUAUUAUUUUUUCUUAUUAGUUAAUCAUAUUUAAUUAAUAUAGGUAUGUUUUAGUUUAAUUUAAAAUAAAUUAAAAAAAUAAUUUUAAAAGAUAUGUAAACUAUGAUUAGUUUUAAUUAAAAACAUUUGGUUGAAUGAGUUAGUGUUUGAUAAAAUAGUGUGAUGAUCAGAGAUAAUUUAAGAAAGAAUUUGUUUGCUUAACCCAUUUGAGUUUUAUGUUAAACACUAAAUAAAAAAAUGAGUGAGAAAGGGUUAUUUGGAACAAAUUAUGAGAAAAAUUGCUUAAACUACCAUUUUCUAAUACAUGUUUUAUGUUUACCUAAACCAAAUUUAUCCUUAGUUUUAAAGCGAUAAAUCAUACUAUAUAUUUAUUGAGAAGUCACUUAAUUGACUUUUGAUUAUGUGUCUUUAACAGGUUAAUUUUUUUAAAAAUAGUUAUUAUUUGAUUGGUUGUUAACAUUUAUUAGUUAUUAUUUUAAUUAGAUCUAAAAUAAAAUAACUCAAGAACUAAUUAAUACAAAUCACAAAAUAACACAAAUGAUAUUACAAAUAAUGAUUUAUG